AGCUUCUGGUCAUUCCUCGUUGGGUCCUCCAGAAACCAGCCGGCUCCAAGCUCCUGAAAAUCCUCUCCUGGCAGCCAUGGAAGGGUACUUCUCUGCUGUCCGCAAGAUGGAGCAGACGGUGAUGUUCCCCAGCCUCCUCCGGGAGGUCUCCGUGGACGAGCACGACAGCAGAUGGGAAGUGGCAAUGGGGGACAAAGACCUCUACGAAUAUUACUCCCUGCUCAAAUCCAUCAAGCAGAUGGCGGAGGUGGGGCCCUUGGCUCUGGACACCCACACCUCGCACGUUGCUGCCGGCCAGAAAGAGCAAGAGGGCCAAGAGAAGGCCGAUCUCGAAGGACUCUUCUACUACCACGUCUCGGGCCUGUACCGGGUUCUCACGCGGCUCACCGAGAGGGCCAAGACGGUGACCUCCAGAUACAACCAGAUCAUGGGGCAGAUCAACCAGAGCGAGACGUCUCUCAGGUGGUGAGGAACCG